AUGCAACAUCCAAUUGAAGAAUCCCAUCAACCUCAUCCUGAACCCGUGGUACCAGCUAAUGCUAUGGAUUUACAAAAACCAUGCUUGACAGAGGAUGAAGUGACCCUGAUAGACAACUUUCACAAGCAGCUUGAGAGGAUUCAGAUGGAGUACUGUGCGACUUGCAAGGAGAGGUGGUUUGAGCUUAAAGUCAGCAAUGGCAUGUGUGCUAGGUGUAGACGGGGAGGAAGGAACAACUUGUCUGCGGAGAACAAUAUGGAUCCUGGACUCUCUCUCCCUCAGUUGUGUAUUCGAGACAAUCUCCCCCCACCUGAACCGCCAACACAAAUGGAAGAAAUGCUUCUCUCUAAAGUUCAUGUUCAGCUUCAGGUCUGGCAAGUUGCUGGCCGAGUGUCACGACCCAGCCUGUGCAGGGUCCUGACCCAAAACCCUGAGCUCCACCGAUCCGAGUCGAUCCGAGUCGAUCUGAGUUGA